AUGAGCAAAACGCGAGAUGCACACAUAACCAGACUGCCACUCCUCUCCACCCUCCCACAUCAGGCCCUUCAAGCAUACUGCAUUCCAGCCAUGGGUGCUGCAGCGUUAGCCACGCCUACAGCGGUAGUGCCAGCAACACCGCUUUCGAUCCCACUGACCCUUACUCCUCCCAACGCUUCUCCCAUUCCUCGUCCCAUCGACCCUCCUAUUCCUCCUCCCAUCGACCCACCCAUUACUCCUCCUAUAUCCCUACCAACACCCACGCCCCCUCCGAUUGUCCUCCGCCCAACACCCCUCGCUCGAUGCAAAGGGCUCCCUGCAGGUGCUCCUGCUGCCAUGCCAAAACCAGGAGACGAAAUCGAGGGAGGGGAUUUCUGGAGCGGGUCGUUCGCACAGGGGAUGGUGGAGGACGAGGAUGAUGCGACUAGUGGAUGCGGAACAGCAGCUGCAGCUGCUGGAGUCCUGUGGCUUGCCACGCUCCCUCCUGUGCCUGCCACUCUCCCUGCCCUUGCACACCCUCAGCAGCCCCUCACACAACCUCCCUCCUCCCCCUAUUCCCCAUUGUGCCAACCACAGGUGCUGCUGAACCUGGUGGACAACGCCUUUCGGCGCACGAGCGAGGGCGUGGUGGUGGUGCACGUGAAGGAGGGCGCAGCGGCGCACCUGCUGCGGGUGGAGGUGCAGGACUCGGGCGAGGGGCUGAGCGAGGAGGAGCGCGCGCGCAUGCUGGAGCCAGUCAUGGACUCCAGCGGCGUCACCGAGGGCGAGCAGACAGGCCUCGCGCUCUACGUGGUCAAGCUUCUGGUGGACCUGCAGGUGAGGUGCUGGUGA